UUCUGCUUCUGAGCCAGCCAUGGGCUCCCAUGGAGCUGAUGAGCAUGUUGUAAAUACAAUACGAUAAAGCUAUCGCUGCCGCUCUGCCUGAUCUCACGAGGAGUGCAGAAAUAAAUGGCGCCCCUGCUACGCCUGCUGCCCACCACCAGUGAUUUCCCUUUGUCCUCUUCCCCUUCCCCGGCUUGUAUUUUUGUUUCCCGAGCAGUUCCUGCUUGUUGCCACCUGCUUGGCCUUUCCGCUUUGGCGCUUCUUCUUCCCUGCCUCCUGUUCUUUCUCGCUGCGUUGUGCUGCGUGUGUGUGUGGAUAUAUCAUAUAUGCCCGUAUACGAUACUGUAGAGUUUCAUUUCGUUUAUUUCAAAAAAAAGAGUUUCAUUUCGUUGCUCAAUCCAUACCAAUCCAAAAAUCUGGGCUGCUUGCAGGCUUUGGCAGGUCGCAUUCGCCUACUCCCACUGACUUUACCCUCUUGGCCUUGGCGCUGCCGUUCCUGUCAGGAGACGAGAAACCUCAGCGCCAGCCAGCCAGCCACCCAUCAAAUGUUCCUCAGCCAUACCAUUUCGGUCGUAUAAAUCCACAAGAAACACCAACAAAGCCCGAACCUUUGCUCUGCCUGCUGCUCGAUAAAGUUGCCGAGGCUGAUGGUCCAGGACGAAGGCUCCUCGUCGUCGGUCACAUCGUCCCCGCUCCACAACUUCUCCGCCAUGCCGCUCCACCCGGCCGCCGCGGCCGCCCCGACGCCGCCCUGGCUGCUCCGUGAGCUCCGCUCCGACGAGCGCGGCCUCUGCCUCAUCCACCUCCUCCUCAACUGCGCCGCGGCGGCCGCCGCGGGCCGCCUCGACGCCGCCAACGCCGCGCUCGAGCACAUCGCCUCGCUCGCCGCGCCCGACGGCGACGCCAUGCAGCGCGUAGCGGCCGCCUUCGCGGAGGCGCUGGCGCGGCGCGCGCUCCGGGCGUGGCCGGGCCUGUGCCGGGCGCUGCUCCUGCCCCGCGCCGCGCCCGCCGCGGCCGAGCUCGCCGCCGCGCGCAGGCACUUCCUCGACCUCUGCCCGUUCCUCCGCAUCGCCGGCGCCGCCGCGAACCAGUGCAUCCUCGAGGCGAUGGAGUCGGAGAAGAUCGUGCACGUCAUCGACCUCGGCGGCGCCGACGCCACCCAGUGGCUGGAGCUCCUCCACCUCCUCGCCGCGCGCCCCGAGGGCCCGCCGCACCUCCGCCUCACAGCCGUCCAUGAGCACAAGGACGUGCUCGCCCAGACGGCCAUGGCGCUCACCAAAGAGGCCGAGCGCCUGGACGUGCCGUUCCAGUUCAACCCCGUGGUCUGCCGGCUGGACGCGCUCGACGUGGAGUCCCUCCGCGUGAAGACCGGCGAGGCGCUGGCCAUCACCUCCAGCCUCCAGCUGCACUGCCUCCUCGCCUCCGACGACGACUCCGCCGCCGGAGCCGGCAAGGACAAUAAUAGUAGCAAUAAAACAGAGCGGCGCAGCCCGGAGUCCGGGCUGUCCCCGUCGACGUCGCGCGCGGACGCGUUCCUGGGCGCGCUGUGGGGCCUGUCGCCCAAGCUGAUGGUGUUGACGGAGCAGGAGGCGAGCCACAACGCGGCGGCGCUGACGGAGCGGUUCGUGGAGGCGCUCAACUACUACGCGGCGCUGUUCGACUGCCUGGAGGUGGUGGCGGCGCGCGGGUCGGUGGAGCGCGCGCGCGUCGAGCGGUGGCUCCUCGGGGAGGAGAUCAAGAACAUCGUGGCCUGCGACGGCGUCGAACGGCGGGAGCGGCACGAGAGGCUGGACCGGUGGGCGGCGCGGAUGGAGGGCGCCGGGUUCGGCCGCGUGCCGAUGAGCUACUACGCGCUGCUGCAGGCGCGGCGGGCGGCGCAGGGGCUCGGCUGCGACGGCUUCAAGGUGCGCGAGGAGAAGGGGUCCUUCUUCCUGUGCUGGCAGGACCGCGCCAUCUUCUCCGUCUCCGCAUGGCGCGGCCGCCGCUUCGACUGACCCAGACGACGACGACGCACCGACACGGCGCGCCGUCGGCGUCGGCGGUGGCGGUGGCGCCCUGUAGUCCUUCCCGUAUUUUGUGGGAAGGAGACGUAGAUCCGGUCGUGGUAUUCGCGUCAGGUGCUCGUCACGUACUUGUCACGUAUUAUUUUGGUCCUUGUUGUUUAGUAAUUAGUAGGGCGGUGGUGUCGCGUUAGAUUUUGUGUUGAGGUCGGACCGAGUCGGUGAUGCGUUGUUUUGUUCAUAGUGAGUGUGCCCUCUCCGUUUUUGGAUGAUGAAAUGCAUAAACUUUCCUAGGAACGCAAACAUUUGAUGGCAUCCACCAUGAAGUUGUCGUUGGUUACAUUCAGGAACAA